AUGCGGGACCCGCGGGCACGGGGCGUGAGCCGCUGGGGCGGGCGCAGGGUGUCCCGGGCAGGCUCUGGCCGGGCUCCGGCGGGCGACCGCGCGGGGCUGCGGUUCCGGAGUGAGCGCGGCGCCUUCGCGGUUGCGCGGCUGCAGUUGGCUGCCAGCUGCGUGUCUGCGGCCUGGUAUAACCCAUUCAAUACUCCAGGGUUGAGGAACAACCUGGGUGUGAUCGGCUACAUAAGUAUUACCCAAGAAUAUUUGCAGCAAACUAGGUUUACCUAUUCCAUCUUCACACCAAGAUUUACCUCGGGACCCAUUAUGAUUUAUCCUGUUGUCAUCAUCCCAAGCAUUUUUGACAACCAUGGAGAAGAAUGCUCUUCAAAGCGUCAUGUUCAUAGACAUACCACCAUCAAAAGGAUGAGUGCUGGUUGUACUGGAGACAGUACUGUUGUCACUGAUAGUAGUGCCAUCUGCCUGAGUGCUGGUGUUGAUGCCAAGAAUGUGGUCACUAACAAUGCACAGAGUGUCAUAUUUGGGAUUUUGGUGGAUGCUUUUGUUGAAGAAAAAUUUAAAGGGUGGGAUAGAGAUGUCAGUCGAAUUUGUGGGCUUGAAAAGAUACAAGAACAUUCCACCAAAGGGCAGCAUAUCUUGCAUGGUAAUAAACAAAGUAGAACAUUCCGUCAAGCUGGUCAUUUUCAUGUACAUGAACGAACUCAGAGUGGAGAGAAACCCUAUGAAUGUAAACAAUGUAGUAAAACAUUCAGUUCUUCCAGUAGUCUUUGCGCACAUGAAAGAACUCACAGUGGAGAGAAACCCUAUGAAUGCAAACAGUGUAGUAAAACAUUCAGUUAUUGCAGUAAUCUUCGGAGACAUGAAAGAAUUCACAGUCGAGAGAAACCCUAUGAAUGUAAACUAUGUAGUAAAACAUUCAGAUGUUCCAGUAGUCUUUGGGCACAUGAAAGAAUUCACAGUAGAGAGAAACCCUAUGAAUGUAAACAGUGUAGUAAAAUAUUCAGUAAUUCCAGUAGUCGUCGGAGACAUGAAAGAAUUCACAGUGGAGAGAAACCCUAUGAAUGUAAACAAUGUAGUAAAACAUUCAGUUCUUCCAGUCAUCUUCGGGAACAUGAAAGAAUUCACAGUGGAGAGAAACCCUAUGAAUGUAAACAAUGUAGUAAAACAUUCGUGCAUUCCAAUCAUCUUCGGAGACAUGAACGAAUUCACAGUGGAGAGAAACCCUAUGUAUGUAAACAAUGUAGUAAAACAUUCAGUGAUUCCGGUAAUCUUCGGGCACAUGGAAGAGUUCACAGUGGAGAGAAACCCUAUAAAUGUAACCAAUGUAGUAAAACAUUCAGGCAUUCCUGUAGUCUUCGGGCACAUGAAAGAAUUCACAGUGGAGAGAAACCCUAUGAAUGUAACCAUUGUAGUAAAACAUUCAGGCAAUCCAGCAGUCUUCGGGCACAUGAAAGAAUUCACAGUGGAGAGAAACGCUAUGAAUGUAAACAGUGUAGUAAAAUAUUCCUUGAUUGCAGUAGUCUUCAGAGACAUGAAAGAAUUCACAGUGGAGAGAAACCCUAUGAAUGUAACCAUUGUAGUAAAACAUUCAGGCAAUCCAGCAGUCUUCGGGAACAUGAAAGAAUUCACAGUGGAGAGAAACCAUAUGAAUGUAAACUGUGUAGUAAAACAUUCAGGCAUUCCAGUAGUCUUCGGGCACAUGAAAGAAUUCACAGUGGAGAGAAACCCUAUGAAUGUAAACAGUGUAGUAAAAUAUUCCGUGAUUCCAGUAGUCGUCGGAAACAUGAAAGAAUUCACAGUGGAGAGAAACUCUAUGAAUGUAAACAGUGUAGUAAAAUAUUCCGUGAUUCCAGUAGUCGUCGGAAACAUGAAAUAAUUCACAGUGGAGAGAAACCCUAUGAAUGUAAACAGUGUAGUAAAAUAUUCCGUGAUUCCAGUAGUCGUCGGAAACAUGAAAGAAUUCACAGUGGAGAGAAACCCUAUGAAUGUAAACUGUGCAGUAAAACAUUCAGUUAUGCCAGUAGUCUUUGGGCACAUGAAAGAACUCACAGUGGAGAGAAACCCUAUGAAUGCAAACUGUAGGAAAACAUUCCGUGAUUGCAGUAGUCUUCAGAGACAUGAAAGAAUUCACAGUGGAGAGAAACCCUAUGAAUGUAAACAAUGUAGUAAAACAUUCAGUUGUUCCAGUCAUCUUCGGGAACAUGAAAGAAUUCACAGUAGAGAG